AUGGAAGCCUGCAGUUCUCAACCCCAUAAUCUUUUCCAAGAAACCUCUGCAGCCACAGUAUUUCAACAACGUCUCCAGUUCAUACUUCAAAACCGUCCUGGAUAUUGGGUCUACUCCAUUUUCUGGCAAGCCUCCACGGACGGCAACAACGCCGUUUCAUGUGACCGACCGGAGUGGUUUUACUUCUACACCAUUUCUUCCACGCAGUCCUUUGCUGCAGGUGAUGGGAAUAGCAACAUUCUUGGCCGUACAUUUUGUUCUGGUGCAUUUGUUUGGUUGGCAGGAGAUCACGGGCUUCGUUUCUAUGAGUGCGAGAGAGUUAAUAUGGCUCGCAUGCAUGGAAUUCAAACUCUUGUUUGUAUUGCCACACCCAAUGGGGUGCUUGAAUUGGCUUCUUUGGAAGUGAUCAAAGAAGAUUGGGGUUUUGUGCAGCUUUCUAAGUCUAUUUUUGGAUCCGACAUAAUAACAACCGGCGCCGGCAGCUUAAACUCAAUGCAGGGUCAUCUUCAUGUUCCACAGCUACAAAAUGUACACUCAGGAUCGAUUCAGGCCAGGAGUGGACCGCACAAGACUAGCUGGUUGAAAAAGAGAGAAAGACCUGAUAAGCACGUCAAUGCCUGGCAAGAGUCAUCAGUAAACCAUUCGAAGGCAGAGAGACAACGUCGGGCGAAGCUUAAUCAUCGAUUCUAUGCCCUUAGAUCCGUUGUUCCUAAUGUGUCAAAGAUGGAUAAAGCUUCGUUACUAUCUGAUGCAAUUGUAUACAUCAAUUCAUUGAAGACAAAGAUCGAAGAGUUGGAGGCGAAAAUCCAAGCACGACCCAUGAAACCCAAAGCAAGUAUCAUCAGUGAUAGUGUUCUUGACAGCCAAAGCAACAACUCUAAAACUUAUGCAAGCGCCACUGCUAUGGAGGUGGAUGUGAAGAUCUUAGGGUCGGAAGCCAUUAUCCGUGUUAUUACUAUUAGUCCAGAUAAUCAUGAUAAUCCAUGCGCUAGAUUGAUGAAUUCAUUUAGAGAUCUUGAACUGAAAAUCCAUCAUGCAAGCAUAUCUAGUGUGAACCAGUUGAUGCUUCAAGAUGUUGUGGUAAGAGUUCCUGAUGGAUUUGCCAGCGAGAAGGUCAUCAAAACUGCUAUCAUAAAUAGAUUUUAUAACUAG